GCGAGGGCGCGGCUGGGCACCGCCGGCGGCCUCGCCAUGUCCCAGCCGGCAGGGAGGAUGCAUUGCCGAAAGGCGGGGAUCCGAGCCGCCGUGGUGCUCAUCGGACUCCUGCACAAAUCUCGGAAACAGAAUAAAGAGAAAAGGAAGCAGGAGCUGGCCAACAGCUCGGAUGUGACCCUCCCAGAUCGGCCACUGUCCCCUCCUCUCACUGCUCCCCCGACCAUGAAGUCUGCGGAGUUCUUCGAGAUGCUGGAGAAAAUGCAGGGAAUCAAACUUGAAGAGCAGAGACCAGGACCCCAGAAGAACAAGGAUGACUAUAUCCCAUAUCCCAGCAUCGAAGAGGUUGUGGAGAAGGGAGGCCCAUACCCUCUGAUCAUCCUGCCUCAGUUUGGAGGCUACUGGAUCGAGGACCCAGAGAACGUGGGAACUCCAACGUCACUGGGCAGCAGUGUUUAUGAGGAGGAGGAAGAGGACAGCCUGAGCCCCAACACAUUCGGCUACAAGCUUGAGUGCAGGGGUGAAGCCAGGGCCUACCGCAGGCACUUUCUAGGCAAGGAUCAUCUAAACUUUUACUGUACUGGCAGCAGCCUGGGGAAUUUGAUCCUGUCCAUCAAAUGCGAAGAAGCUGAGGGCAUUGAGUACCUUCGGAUCAUCCUCAGGUCCAAACUGAAAACGGUGCAUGAGAGAAUCCCCUUGGCUGGACUGAGCAAGUUACCCAGCGUCCCUCAGAUCGCCAAGGCUUUCUGUGAUGAUGCAGUAGGGCUGAAAUUCAACCCCGUCUUGUACCCCAAGGCCUCUCAGAUGAUUGUGUCCUAUGAUGAGCACGAUGUCAACAACACUUUCAAGUUUGGGGUCAUUUAUCAAAAAGCCAGGCAGACCCUGGAAGAGGAGCUAUUUGGGAACAAUGAGGAGAGCCCAGCUUUCAAGGAGUUUUUGGAUCUCCUGGGGGACACCAUCACACUACAGGAUUUCAAAGGUUUUCGAGGAGGCCUGGAUGUGACCCACGGACAGACAGGGGUGGAGUCGGUGUACACCACUUUCCGGGACCGGGAGAUCAUGUUCCAUGUCUCUACCAAGCUGCCCUUCACGGAUGGUGACACCCAGCAGCUGCAGAGAAAGCGGCAUAUUGGGAACGACAUCGUGGCCAUCAUCUUUCAAGAAGAAAACACACCAUUUGUCCCAGAUAUGAUCGCAUCCAACUUCUUACAUGCCUACAUUGUCGUUCAGGUUGAGAGCCCAGGCACAGAGACCCCAUCCUACAAGGUAUCAGUCACUGCAAGGGAAGAUGUACCCGCCUUUGGACCCCCUCUGCCAAGCCCGCCUGUUUUCCAGAAGGGUGCAGAAUUCCGGGAGUUUCUGCUCACCAAGCUCACGAAUGCCGAGAAUGCUUGCUGCAAGUCGGACAAGUUCGCUAAGCUGGAGGACCGGACCCGGGCUGCUCUCCUGGACAACCUUCAUGAUGAACUCCACACACACACUCAGGUCAUGCUAGGCAUGGGCCCAGAGGAGGACAAGUUUGAGAACGGGGGCCAUGGAGGAUUCCUGGAGUCUUUUAAGAGAGCCAUCCGUGUGCGCAGCCAUUCCAUGGAGACCAUGGUGGGUAGCCAGAGAAAGCUGCAUGGUGGGACCAUUCCUGGCAGCCUCAGUGGGGGUAUUGUCCACAACAGCAUGGAGGUUACCAAGACCACCUUCUCGCCUCCAGUGGCCGCAGCAACCGUGAAGAACCAGUCACGGAGCCCCAUCAAGCGGCGGUCGGGACUCUUCCCCCGCCUGCACUCGGGCUCUGAAGGCCAGGGGGACAGCCGGACACGAUGUGACAGUGCCUCCAGCACCCCCAAAACCCCAGAUGGUGGACACUCUUCUCAGGAGAUAAAGUCUGAGACCUCGUCAAAUCCCAGCUCUCCAGAAAUCUGUCCCAACAAAGAGAAGCCCUUCAUCAAGUUGAAGGAGAACGGCCGUGCCAGCAUCUCCCGCUCCUCCUCCAGCACCAGCAGCUUCAGCAGCACAGCAGGGGAGGGUGAGGCCAUGGAGGAGUGUGACAGUGGGAGCAGUCAGCCAUCCAUAACCUCGCCCUUCAAGCAGGAGGUGUUUGCCUACAGUCCGUCCCCGAGCAGCGAGAACCCCAGCCUGGGGGCCACUGCCACCCCCAUCAUCAUGAGCCGGAGUCCCACAGAUGCCAAAAGCAGAAACUCCCCGAGGUCAAACCUGAAAUUCCGCUUUGAUAAACUCAGCCAUGCUAGCUCCAGUGCGGGUCACUAAUGUGAAAGUGAAGACCUUCUCUUAUCUAAGGGAAGUGUGGAUUCUGGCCUACAGAAGGCUCCUAAUUCCAGCAGUUUGGGGGUGCCAUCCACUGCUCUGACUGUUUAGGCCUGCUGUUUUACUGGCCCCCUGCCCAGCAGACCAGUUGUCUGUUCCACGUCCUGACUUGGCCAUGACCUUGCCGGAUCUUUCUCCAGACCUGAAAGCCCCAACCUGUACUUCUGACCUCCUGAUGUGACCAGCUAUAUGAGUCAACUAGCAUCUUGUUUUACAUGCAGGAAAAGAUCUGGGCACGGGGGGGGGGGGGCGGAUCUGAGUGCCCAGGGGGCUCAGCAAGAAGCUAGGGAGCUCAACUGCCCUAGAGACAGAGGGGGUUGUGUGGUGGGGAGCAGAGGUAACUGUAGAAUGGUGGAUGGGUACUGUCUGUCUUGGAUUACAGUGCAGUGCCUUCCUGGACAAGGCAGAAGGGCUGCUUUUCCAGGAAUAUCCCAGCAUCCUCCAGGUUGAGUCUCACUGCAUUUCUGACACAUCUGCUGGCCCAGGCCUAGGGAGCUCUGUCCCUGCUGCCAGCAUCGCCUCAGGAGGCUCAGGCUGGUGGAAGCUCCAUGUCAGAGCUAGGUGUUCCAGGACUCUCGGCUGCAUGCUCCCCUGACUGUAGUCUCAAGGUCUUUCCUUUCUAAUUCUACACAAGCUGCUGAUCAUCUUUGUGGUUGAGGAAGCCCUGGUAGUGGGCGGCCAGCAGUGUGGAGUCCAGGGUGAACACAAGGCUGGUGAAGGAGCCUCUGGGUGAGAAGGCUUAUUAGGGUGAGAGAGGGGAGAGUUGUAGUGGAGGGCGACUUGGCAAGUUCUGAAGUCUCGUGUGUGGUGGUUGAAUUUAGUGUUGGAAACAAUACAGUGUUCUUCCACCUCUGUAUUCCUGUCAUCUGUAAGGGGACCAGUACUGUCCAGGGACUGCUUCUAGGCUCAGUCCCCCAGUCUUCUUCCUUCCAUCGCCAACUGCAGGUUUCUAGGCCAUUGUCCCAUCUUCAGGGCCCCUGGAAGCCCAGACCCCAUGAGCCCGCGCUUUAAGCCACAGGCCAUCUGUACGCCUUGCCAUGGCCGCCUUCUCUGGGUGAGCCGGCUCAUCCUGAGGAGCUCUUUGGCUCCUCAGCCUUCCAGGUUUGCAGGGUUGUUCUGCUGCUGGGUGUGGAGUAGAGCGUCCACCAGGCUAGACAUUGGCUCUACACAGCAGGCACUUGAAGAUCCACCCCAGUAAGUACACAUAGGUCUGAGGCACAGGGCUGCUUGGUUCUGGGCUCCUGUUUCAGUGAGCAGAUGACGAGAGUUCCAACCAAGUGCUUUGUCUGCAUAGGCCCCUAUUCCCAAGCCAAAGUACAGAAGGGUGGGACAGUCUUUGGGGCUGGUGUUGUAACUGUUCCCACUGCCUUUGUCAUCCGAGCACAAUUUUGAUCCCUCACACCCCCCUCUCAACCACCCAUGCACUACGUGCAGCCAGGGAAGGGGGAGCUCUCCGCUCUCCCCUCACUCCACUAGGGAAACCUGCUUACGUGAAAUACUAGUCUGGAAAGAUUUGUUCUAGUCAGAAGGUCAACAGAGUAUCUGUUUGUCAUUUAUUAAAAGCCAGCGUAGCAGCACCCAGGGCUGGAAGGAGGCGGGUGGAUUCUGGCAGUGUUCUGCUGGCAGGUUUCUGCUUGAACUUGAAAGGUCAAACUGUGUUUUCUUUGAAACUAUUACAGGACUCUGGCUCCCUUCUCUGUUUUGGACAGUUUUAUCCUCUUGGUGGUUGUGCUAUCUUGCAUUAUGGUCUGGGACUCUCAGGGGCUUCCAGGUUGUCCCAUUCUGUCUGGAAACCUUAUAAGCCUUGUCCCCACUGCUUUGGCACUCUGCCUGCAGGUGUUACCUCUGGGCCAGUGGACGGGAUGGAUGACUGUGUACUGAGGAGCUGAGAGCCCUGGCUGUGGUCUUCACCCCUGGUUUGCUGCUGAGAUACUCUGGACGGGAUAUGAGAUGCCCCUGCCCUCUGCUCCUGCCUCUCUAUCUAGCAGGUCAUCCUUUGGCUUCCAGAGUAGGUACCGCCAGCCCAGCUCGAGUUCUCUGCCUAACAGGAGCAGAAUAAUGGCAGAGCCCAGCCUCCUCUCAGCCCUCUGGAUUGGAAACUGUUCCUUCCACACUCUGAUACACUCUUUCCUUUCAUGGCUGUACCAAGUCUUAGGGCUCUGAGUCUUGCUGAGGCCCCUUCAUGUGACUGGGCUUCUGUAGAUGAUACUUCUGUUUGGAUUUGGGGGAACAUUUCCACCGUUAUCUCCACAAGGGGUUCUCUUGGUCACAACUCUAGAAAUUAUGUUUUGCAGGUGUUAGUAGGCAUCCAGAUGCCCCCAGCUCUGUUGAUACAAACCGUGUGAGAAAGCUCCAGAUAGAAGGCCUUAGCCGGAGUUUCUGUCUGAUUAUGAAUGUCAAAUGGUGAUUCUUGGAAAACAUUAGGGUUUGUGGCACGGUUUGAUAUUCAGUCCUUCUGGCUCCUGUUUGCAUCUCAUCAGACCCUGUCAUCCUCCAGAGGAACUGAAGGAACUUGCCUGAGGCCACAUAGCCACCUAGUGGCAAAGCUGUCACUAGGCCCACAACAGCCUUGGGUUUUCCUGCACACCAACUCUGCUUAUUGUUGGUGCAAGUAAGCAGGUGCAUUUCCUGGAGCCUGGGUUUUGAGGAAGCCUGGGAGCUGGGGUCUCUGCACUGGCAGGGAGGUGCUGGGAUUGGAGGGGAUUGAUAGGACCUCAGUCUCUGCUGUUUCUCAGCAUGAGAAGUCUUGGUCAGUGAGGACCCAGGGGCUAAGGAAAUGAACUGGCAGGGAUUGCAAUAAAGUACUUCUUUGGGUUUUCAGUGACUGGGGCAAAGUUACCCAGACAAAAAUUUGUUAGCUACCCUUGACUUUUUUGUUCUAAAUCAGGACAGAAAGUGAUAAAAUGAACUGAUUCUCUGGUCUGUCUUCUUUUCCUCCCUCUCUCCAUCCCUCCUGUCCUCUUUUUUUUUUUUUUUUUUUUUUUUUUGUGGUGCUGGGAAUGUCCCCAUGUUGAGUGAGUACCCUGCCACUGAGUCUAGGCCCAGGCCUCUUCAGUUUUUAAAAUGGAGAGGGGUAAUAAAAGCCUAGAUCAGGUGACUAGGCAGGGCACAGCCAGUGUCAUUUUCUUUCCUUUGACCCUUUAAGGUGCCAACUCAAACAUUACCUUUUGUUCUUUGUUUCUCAGUCUGCAAAGACAACCGUGUUGUACGUGUGUAUGUGGGGGGAGUGGGGGUUGUCUGGGGUUCAGAUAGAGCAUAUGGCUUCUGGGCCAGCAGCAACCAGGUUAGUUAGCCAUGCUCUGGACCCCCAGGCUACCUCCCCAGCUUCUAGUUAGUUAUCCCUCAAUCAAAGGCAAGAACAGGUUAGUACGGUGAACGAGGCUGAUCCUGCUGCCCGCCCAGUAGAGGGCUUCUGAGGCAUCUUACCUAGCUCUGGUGUCUGUUUCGCCACAAGCUGCUUGCCCACACCAAUCCCACAUCUCUUUGUAGCUGGACUGUGUGUUUCUUUGGGAGAAAGAAGACAACCUCCAGAGCCAAGGGCGGUCUGUAGUGAGCAGCAGCUGGGGCAGUGGCUUUGGCCUGGGCUUUACCAUCCCCAGCAGACAGUGUGCUUGGCUGGAAUUAGUUGCCAUUGUCUUUGGUUCUGUGACAUUUCCACUUGAAAGGGUGAAAUUCCCCUUCCCACUCCUUAGUGUCUAUGCCAACGUGUGAUGUCCCCCGCCUGAUCUCCAGCUCCCAGGGUGCCGAUGUCGCCAUGUGACGAGACACCCAUGUGGUAGAACCUAAGAGGUGUAGUUUGGAAGUGACCCCUGUGACGAUGACUUUUCUUUGCUUCCUCUCAGUGAGGGGGGUGACUUGUAGAUCCUGAUGCCUAUGUGAUGUAAAUAGUGUACAUCUAAUUUAUUGCUAUGGUGGCACAUUGUAUUUGUUAAUGUAUAAAACAAAUUCUAAAAGGUUGAAAAUGUAUAUUUUGUUGCUUAAAUGUGUCUUUGCAGAAAUUGACAAUAAAUAACAUAUUUUGUGUCCA